CUGAAAUCAUGUGACCAUGGACAACACCCUCUCACUGUUCAAAAUAAAAUCUGCAUCACCCUGAAAACUCAAGCUGCAUCUGCACGCACACAGCAAAGAUCUCAUUCAAAACGAAGAAGAAGUAAAAUACAAAUCAUCUUUGUGCUUUUACCGUAAACAAUAUGGCAUUUUUAUGCAAAAUUCCUAUUUUCUUUGCGGGGAAAAAGUUUCAAGAACAUCUUGCAGAAGCCAAUAAAAUAGAUGAUGGGCCACCUGCUCGUUAUAAACUGGAAACAGAAUGCACUGAUUUGGACAAUCAACCAGAUGAAGAAUCUAAACUCAAGAGAUUCACAUUUGGAAAACGUGACCCUAAACUCCAAAACCGAACCGUCCUUCUGGUCGGAGCAACUGGAACUGGAAAAUCCACUCUGAUCAACGCCUUGGUGAACUUUGUGAUGGGAGUGACGUUUGAUGACCGGGUUUGGUUUGAGAUUACUGAAGAUGGAAAAGAUCAGAAAUCUCAGUCUCACAGUCAGACGACUGCAGUGUCGAUGUAUGAAGUGUUUGGAUUUGAAAAAGUAGUUGUUCCUUAUUCUCUGACCAUCAUCGACACUCCGGGAUACGGAGACACACGAGGAAUAGAAUAUGAUGAUAUUAUCACCAAGAAACUGCAGGAUUUGUUCUGUGGCCCUGAAGGUGUGGAUACCAUCGAUGCUGUUGGUUUGGUGCUGAAAGCAACUGAGAACAGACUGGAUGAGAGAAUGAUCUACAUCUUUAACUCUGUCACUUCUAUCUUCGGAAAAAACAUGGAGACCAAUAUCGUGGCCAUGAUGACUCACUCAGACGGUAGGAGACCCACAAAUGCUCUACAAGCUCUAGACGAGGCAAACAUUAAAUAUGCCAAAAAUGAAAACAAUGCAACCAAUCUAUUUCCUGUUCAACAACUGUCAAAAUAAUAGUUAUGAAAGGAGGAAAGAUGAUGAAAGAGCCGCACGGUAUGCCUAUGAAACAUCAGAGAGAGGUCUGGCAAAAUUCACAAAAUUUGUCGGUCAGUGUUUCCCUCAAUCCCUGAAGACAACAGUAAUAGUCAUGAAAGAAAGAAUCCGACUAAAUGCCUGCAUCCAAAAUUUAGAAGGAACGGAUCAUUGAUAUUGAGAAAAAACAGAAGGUGAUAAAAAACAUCAAAGAAGAACUGUCAGAAUAUGAAAAUGAGAUAAUGAACAACCAAGACUUCAUCAUCAGUGUAGAAGAAACCUACAAAGAGAGAGAGGACAAUACCCACUGGUCGGAUUACUGCCUUGAAUGUCAAGAAACCUGCCAUUACCCAGAAUGCACUUGGGCCAUAAACACAUCUUGGUGUUAUGUCUUGUACCAAUAAAUGCCCAACAAAAGAUCACGUGAGAGAAAACUGGAGAUAUGUGACCAAGACCAGGUGCCUCAUUUAUAAAAACUGCGCAGGAGUUGUCGUAAGUUAGUGCGUACGCCUAGUAGCUACGACAGGCGUGCGCCACGCAAACUCCAUAUUUAGAAAACCCACCGCACGCACCAAACCACGCAAUCUUUGCUUUAUAAAUCCCACCUGCAACUACAAUUUGCGCACGUAAACCUACGUCACGUCACGCCCUCUCCACACCUCCACCUCACCAUAAAAGGAGCAUGUAAAGUGACUCGUGAAUGAGCUUUCCCUAAACAUGAGCCGAUAAUCAGUGGGUUUGACCGAGACACGCGGGACAGAGGGAGGAGGACGCUCCACGCAGCACCACGUGAUCACGACACUUUAUUAAAGACUUUAUUAAACCUUGUUUAAUAAAUAAAUACAAAACUAAAAGUGACAACAAUGACUCAUCUGUUCAUUUAAUCAUUUUUUAUAAUAUUUAGGCAGCACAUCUUUGCAGUAAAGCCCAUGUGUUUUUUCGCUGUUUCAAGAGUUUUAUCGCUAUAUUUUUAAGUCUGCCUAUGAAGUGUGUGAGG